AUGGUGGCUGCAGUAGAGGCUAUAAACCAGACACCAUGCGGGUCUACUCCGCGCUCAGCUGUAGGGAAUAAUAUCGACGUAUUCGAGAGAUUCCAAAAGAUGAGGCCCCCGACAUUCUUCGGGACAACGGAUCCCAUGGUAGCCGAGCACUGGCUAAAAUGUAUGCUGAAGUUGAUGGAGCCUUUGGAGUGUAUGGAUGCUCAGAAGGUGACUCUUGCCACCUUCGCACUAGAGGGGGAAGCAGAUGAAUGGUGGGACUCUACUCGUAGGAUUGCUGGGGGAGAAUAUCUAUGGACUUGGGAGAGGUUUCAUACCAAGUUCAAUGAGAAAUAUUUUUCAAAGUCAUUCCACGACGAAAAAGGGUCACAGGUCUUCAAGCUCGAGCAGGGUAGCAUGAUGGUAGCACAAUACGAAGCCCGCUUUACCGAACUCUCUUGGUAUGUGCCGACUAUCGUCAAUGAAGAGAAGGUGGUAGACAAGGCCACCUUGGUGGAGAAGGAUAUAGAUCAGACGAUGAAAGCUCAGACCCCGUUCAGAGAUUCGAGUAGUAGAGUCAGGCCCACACCUCCACCCCCUAGCCACGCUAUGGCCGAUAGGCAAGUCAGGACCUAUGCCAUGUAA